CUCCCCCCUCCUUCAAAUUUUCUCUCUUUCUCUCUCUUCACCUAUCCCUCUGUUUCUCAAAAGUUACUUCCAUGGAAGCAUUCAACACAAAAGCAGAGAAACAGAGCACCAUGAAAACACACAAUAUCUUCACCAGCAUUGCAAAGACGCUCCGCCUUCUCGAGUUAUGCUUAGUUCUCCUCUUCCUCCUAUGGACCCUCACUCACCUCCCUUUCUUCCUCCGUAUCUCCUUCGACUUCCUCCAAAGUCCUAUCUUCAUCUUCGCUCUCUCCAACGCCAUCAUCGCCGCUCUCUUCGCUCAGUCCGACCUCCGCUUCUCCUCCUCUGCCUCCGAUUUCGCAUCUAUAGUGGAGGAACGGUUAGAGUGUCAGAUCAAGCAGAUUAAUGACAAGUGUAUGGUCGAUGUGAAUUCAUGCUCUGCUGUAACAGAUUCUGGUAAUUUGCAAGUUUGUAGUCCUUUGCCGGAGACUAUGAACGGAGAGGGAGAGAAUGAGAAACUCCGGCGAUCGGAAACAUCGGAAACGGAGAAAGUGCGGGAGAUUUUGUAUCCGCAGGAUAAGUUGAGUAAUGAGGAGUUUCAACGUACGAUAGAAGCUUUCAUUGCAAAGCAAAUGAGGUUUCUAAGGGAAGAUUCAUGUUAAUUGACAUUGAAAUUUAAAUAAUAAGAAAGGAAAUUAGGCUUUGAAAUUAAAAUUACUGUUUCUUUUAAGCUUGUACU